AUGAAUGGCACGAAGGCCCUUGAAGGACAAUUUCCAUAUCACGUUGGAUUACAAUGGACAAAUGAUGAAUCAACUUUUUGUGGAGGAUCAAUAAUAAAUAAGCGCUAUAUAUUGACGGCUGCUCAUUGCAUAUAUGAUGAACCAGAUGAAGAUUCGAGUUCAUGGUUUCCAGAUUUUAGCAUCAUUUAUUCUGACGAAACUAACGAAGGGUUAGUAGAUCCAAAAGAUAUACAAAUCCUUGCUGGCGUUAAUAAGUUGGAUGAUGAAAAUGGUAUCGUUUAUAAAGUUGAAAAAAUUAUUAAACAUGAGCACUACGAUAAUGAUAAAUUCCCAUCUGAGCUGGCUGACAUAGCGCUGAUUCGAGUAACAAGAGACAUUGUAUUCAACGAUAAAAUUCAACCGGUCAGGUUGGCUUCUUCAAAAAAUCAAGGAGAUAUACUCGCAGUAGGUUCUCCUGUGAUGAUUACCGGUUGGGGAUACACGCGUCAAUGCUUGGAGGCGCACGAUGAAGAAACAAAUUAUUUACGUGUUGCUAGAAGAAAAAUUUCAGAUUUUAAUAAGUGCCAAUAUGCGUACUCGGUAGCAAGAAAUAAAGCAUCUGAUGAAUCAGAAAAACCACCCGCAGUUGAUCGUGGAAUGAUAUGUUCUAUUGGUUUCCAGUACAGUUGCAUGGGCGAUUCUGGUGGCCCUAUAGUUGACCAAAGAGGAGUUCAAGUGGGUAUCCAUUUGAAAUCAUCAUCACUGAUAAAGAAUCAGGCAUAA